AUGAGUAAGCGAAUUAGUAUGGUUCUUUUUGGACUAACAGGGCAAGGGAAGUCAUCUAUUGCCAACAUGUUGAUUCAAGGUGAUAUUUUUCAAAAAGGCAAUGUGUUCGAAAUUAAUGAUAGUGCUGUUGAUGCGACUAUCACGGUAAAUUUUAGUUCUAACGAAGAAUUUAUAGUGUACGAUACGAUUGGAGUAGGUGAAACCAGUUACGGAAGUGUUCCGCAUAGGAAGGCUGUCAGAGAGAUAAGAAAUUACUUUUCAAAAUGUAAGAUGCCACUCAAUUAUAUAGCUUUCGUUAAAAAAAAAGGUAGAUUUACCGAAGAAGAUCGUAAAAUGUUCAAAAUAUUUAAAGAGAUCUUUGAAGGGGGAGAAACAAAUUUCAUCAUCAUCAUUACUAAUAGUGGUCCGAAGUGGGUCGAGGAUUACUCAGAAAAAAUAAAGGAGAAUCUUGGAGAUCAUCCGAUUAUUCCGCUUUGUAGUUUAAAUUACGUGGGUAUUAAAUUAGAGGUCCUUGACUCGAUUCAGGCGAUCCCAGUGAUUGGUCAACUUAUUUCUUCUGUUUUUUGUAAGAAAUCUGAUAAAGUUUCUAGUUAG